AUGGCUGCGCCAAAUCUUUGUACCCUGUCUUCCUCUUUCCUCUGCAAAUCAUUGUCUUUCCCUUUCAACGCCAACACUUGUUUUUCCCUCCAAAACCCUACCUCGUUUCCCAAAACCGCUCUUUCUAACGCCGCCUCCGAGUCCCAUAAAACACCUUUCCCAGUUUCAGUUUCAUGCAAAAACCAAAUUUCUGCAGAGGUUUUGCACGAUGAUGAUGAUGACGAAAAGCCACGCGAAGAGUGCGGUGUGGUGGGUAUAUACGGUGAUCCAGAUGCAUCUCGUCUAUGCUGUCUGGCCCUGCGCGCUCUCCAGCACCGUGGCCAAGAAGGUGCUGGGAUUGUUGCUGUUCAUAACAACGUUCUUCAAUCUGUAACUGGUGUUGGUCUUGUCGCUGAAGUGUUCAACGAGUCCAAGCUUCAUCAGUUAACUGGAACUUUGGCUAUUGGCCAUGUUCGCUACUCAACUGCAGGCCAAUCCAUGCUCAAGAAUGUUCAACCUUUCGUUGCAGGGUAUCGCUUUGGCUCUGUUGGGGUUGCUCAUAAUGGCAAUUUGGUCAAUUAUCGCUCCUUAAGGGCCAAACUUGAAGACAAUGGGUCGAUUUUUAACACGAGUUCUGAUACUGAGGUUGUGCUCCAUCUUAUUGCCACCUCAAAGCACGGAGCUUUCAUCUCGAGGAUUGUUGAUGCAUGCGAGAAGCUUCAAGGGGCUUAUUCUUUUGUGUUUGUUACUGAGGACAAGCUCAUUGCUGUGAGGGAUCCCUUUGGAUUUCGACCCUUGGUUAUGGGGAGGAGAUGUAAUGGUGCUGUUGUUUUUGCCUCCGAGACAUGUGCCCUUGAUUUGAUUGAAGCCACAUAUGAGAGGGAGGUGUACCCUGGUGAAGUUGUGGUUGUUGACCAGAAUGGGAUUCAAUCCUUUUGCCUAAUGUCUCAUCCACAGCCAAAGCAAUGUAUCUUUGAACACAUAUACUUUGCAUUGCCCAAUUCUGUGGUUUUUGGGAGGUCUGUGUAUGAAUCUCGCAGGAAAUUCGGAGAAAUACUGGCCACUGAAAGCCCUGUUGAUUGUGAUGUUGUGAUAGCAGUUCCAGAUUCUGGUGUGGUGGCUGCGCUUGGUUAUGCUGCUAAGGCUGGGGUUCCUUUUCAGCAGGGGUUGAUUAGGUCACACUAUGUGAGGAGGACUUUCAUUGAGCCUUCUCAGAAGAUUAGGGACUUUGGCGUGAAGUUGAAGCUCUCACCGGUACGUGCUGUACUUGAAGGGAAGAGGGUUGUGGUUGUGGAUGACUCAAUUGUGAGGGGAACUACAUCAUCCAAAAUUGUAAAGUUGAUAAGGGAGGCAGGUGCCAAGGAAGUUCACAUGAGGGUUGCAUGCCCCCCAAUUAUAGGGUCAUGUUACUAUGGGGUGGACACACCAAGCUCGGAGGAGUUGAUAUCUAAUAGGAUGAGUGUUGAUGAAAUAAGGGAGUUUAUUGGAGCGGAUUCACUUGCUUUCCUUCCACUUGAUAGCUUGAAGAAGUUGUUGGGUGAUGAUUCUCCCAAUUUCUGUUAUGCUUGCUUCUCUGGGAUGUACCCUGUUGAACCCACAGAAAUUAAAGUGAAGAGGGUUGGUGACUUUGUGGACGAUGGCUUGAAUGGGAGUGUCGAAUCUAUUGAUGGGGUUUGGGUUCAACCAAACCGAAAUCAGAAAGAGGUGAAGAUCGUUAGUACCUGA